GUGACACUUUUGAUUUUUACUCUACAUGUGUUGGUAUCUCUAUGUGGUCUAGAUACUUUUACCACUUUGCGGAAUGGUGUCGUCAUUGAAUUAUAAUUUAUAGUAUACUAUUUAUUUACGACCUUUAUCAUAGGAUAUCUAUUUCAAAGUAUGAGUAUUGAGAUCAUUAGUGAUACGUACUUAGUUUUAGCCAUCUAAAAUAGACAGCUUAGAUGUCAAAAAACAGAGCUGAUGUCAGUGAAUAGUAGUGAGUGUGAGUUCGGAUUAUAAUCUUAAGAGUCGACCCAUAUGAUCAGAGCCUAAAUAAUGUAAUUGUUACAUAACAAUAAAACUUCGGGAAAAACCCAGUUCUCUCUAAAUUUUGAAAAAAAUUGGGGUUUUAAAAAUUUUCUAUAGUGGCUUCCCCAAAAUGGGGCAAAUUUCCCCCGAAAUUGGGAGAUUGGGAUUUAACAAUUACAUGUGUAGCAAUUAUAUUACUUAGGCGCUUCAGUAAUCAGAAACAGUACGUAUGAAAUAAACAGUAUCACUUAGUAAAGGAAGAAGCAAUUAGAUACAAUGUCCAGACAACUUCAAGUCAGUUAACCACAAUAAGCUAUUUAUUUUAGUAGGCACAACCUGAACGCUAAUUAACGAUUAGUUGCAUUAAGAUAGACGAUUAAAUUAUUGAUCUCAUUAUCAUCAAUGAUAAAGCGCUUAAUAUAGACCCAAGUAGUCAUUUCGUUUAAAGUGCAUGAUAAUAAACAUACAUUAAUGUGUCGUUGGUACUGGUAUAGUGAACGAUUGCAACACGAAUAAUCGAAUUAGUUCGACAAUCAGGUGGUACAUCUAAUAAACAGGUCUCUCAUAAUGUACGUCCGAGAAUAAGUCUGAAGAAACAUGGACAAACGAUAAGAAGUCGAGGGACUUUCUACGCCUUGUGUUCUGGAGACAAGAUUUUUGCUUGCAAAUAAACAACACAAUAGAUUAAAACGUGACAUAAGGUAACUUAUUCCUCGUAAUCUUAGGCUGAAGGUUACUUCUAAUUGGUUGAUGGAUAAGUAUAGUUGAGCGAUUGUCGCUUGUUUUAGGUUCAUCAAGCUAAAGACCUGUACUCACCUAACUGAGAAUCUAAUUUAUGGAAAUUCCUAGGCAUUUAUUUGAGUUGCACCUUCCCAUCGUUGUUAGACUUAAUCGCCCCGGUUGAAUAUAAUUAUCGGUUUUGAACGUGAUCGUAUACAGUCCAUCGUAGUUCUUCUUCGUCCUAUAACUUUCAGCCUGUCCGCCAGCUAAAAUUUAUCGACAACACAACCUGGUUUUCUAUAACGUAACGCAUUUGAAAUCUUGUUUGUAUCUUUCACGAUCUCCAAAAUACCCUGAGUUUACUCUUAUACUGCACUAAUUGUUGCCGAUUGUUCUAUUAUUUCUAAGUUUAAACAUUUUGCUAAGUCUUUGGUAUAAUUUUUCUCUUGUUCCCACUCUACUUGAUCUUUCACAACCUUGGGACAUCAUACCUUCAGGUUAAAUGGAAACAUUAUUUUUAUCACUAGGGGCUAUUUGAUUUAUGUUCGCUGUUAAUUUACCACGUUUAAAACAUCACUUUCCUCAGCUUAGCUUAUUAAAUUGUUCCGAGUUCACGCUUUUCUGCUACUCUAGUGACUGUGAAUGUACAGUACGUACUUCCGAAUCACAUCAUUUUUCCACAUUUUUGUACAUACGCUUUCGUUCACUCGAUACAACUUAUCUACCGACUAGACCCAAACUUACCAACGGUUAAAUAUCACACCAUCUCUAUCCACCUAGAUCCAAUCGUUCUUAUUUGGUUUAUUGGGUGCUUACGUUAUACAUAAUGGUGAAGUACGAUGUUCUUCAUACUUUCGGUGAAUGGAUGCGUCUGGGGAAACUUUCAGAGAGCACAAACCAUCUUCAGAUAAACUUACAAACUCCUGGAUGUCUAUUGUACACAAGAUAUGGUAGUGUUCCUUUCCUUCCUCCAGACGUUUAUGAGAAAAUAGAGCUAUUACCAGAGUUUUCUUUCGCUUCCAUGGGUUACGUGUAUGUUUAUGAAUGACUUCUGAGUUUAUUUAUAGAGCGGAACGCAGGUUUUCUCUAACGAAGUUCGGUGGUGGUAUUGUCAAAUUUGCUGGUUUAGGGAAACGUGGUGCGUUCCUAUUCCAGUCAGAUCCAACCCACUUGGCGACUGUAGCGGCCGUUAGUAAAUCGUCGGUCCCAGUUUGGACAACUGGUGGGCGGUUGCAAUUGUCGAUUGCGGAAUAUUUUACGUGCAGUAGGAUUGCGUCACCGACAGCAUUCCAAGCGCCAACUGACAACGAAACUUUCCUGUUAGAUGUGAAUCCAACAUUAAAGCGAAUUACGAAUUCCGUCGUCCGCACUUCAGGGUACUUGAAGAAAUUAGCUUCAGAAUGUACAUCUCAUGAGGAGUUCGCUAAAAGGUCGGUACUUGUAUCCAUCGCCGGUGGUUAUAAUCUACAGCUUCGUCUUCAGUCAGUCGCUGAAACAGAUUUCUCACUUUGUUCAGGUGUAGUAAUUGAUGGUGUACUUCGAGAUUUGCCUGUAUCUUCAGUUGAAGUCAAAAACUAUAGCGAUGAAAACAAAGGUUUACACGAAUUCCUAACCACUACUUUGCCCAAAGUAUUCGCUCACAUUCCACCUCAUCUCCCACGUUUUAUUACUCAAAUAUGGCAACCAUGUGAUAUUGCCCUGGCAGCUCGUUCAGGAUGUGACAUAUUUGAUGGUAGUUUGCCAUACCGACUCAGUCGCAGUGGGAUUGGUUGGAUUUACGAAGACUGGAAUGAAAAUAACCUCUCUAGCAUGGUUUCGGAUCCAAAAUUCUUAGAGUUUCCCUUUGAAGAGUCCUAUAAUUUGGAUGCAGAGGAGUGGCACUUACCGAUUCAACCUGGAUGUAAUUGUUUCACAUGUUUACACCACACACGGAUAUACAUAUCUCAUUUGCAUAUUGCCCAAGAAAUGUUGGCUCCUAUGUUACUAAUGAUUCACAAUUCCCACCAAUAUUAUCGUUUUUUCUCUGAUCUCCGUCGAUCUAUAUCACUGAACAAAAUUGACUCAUUUAUUACUCAUGCCUUUAAUUGGCGUUUUCCUAUUCACAUUCUAACUGUUGAUAAAACAAAUGAGUUCAAAGGUGCAGUAAAUACAGAUUAUGAUGAUGUAUAAAUCUAUGUUAUUUUUACUAUUACAUACUCUCCUCACUUCAAUAACAUACCCUUAAGUUUCGUUUCAAAUUAUACAGAGCAGUAUUGAUUGAAUAUGGUGUAUUUGUUCUAUACACCUGCAUGUAGGAACUAAAUUUAGUUUAUUAGUACUAUGUUUUGUUCUAUGGCCUAAUAUUCUAG